AGUUCGAAUUCACGUGUGUUCUUAUAAAGCAUUUGCAGGAAAAGGUAAAAAUAAUAAGGGACCCAACGCAAUGCUUUGCUACUCAAAAUAACGUUGCUGAAGUUGUGUCCAUUACAGGGUAGUGUGUGCUGUUCAUCUCCAAUGAGACUGGUGUUGCAUUAGUUUCAACUAAGACGACAUCCUGACCAAGCUAACUGAAAAAGAAAGUCAGCUAACAUUACCUAGCAAAGAUUCCUGGGAUUUGAGACCUUAUUUAUUUUGACACCUUGACAUCACAAUGACAUCAGAGAACGCUAUGGAUGAUGAAGACACCUUUAAGAUUCUCAUUGCUACGGAUAUUCACCUGGGGUACCUAGAGAAGGAUGCGAUCAGAGGGAAAGACACCUUUGUGACAUUUGAAGAAAUUCUCAAACAUGCCAAAGAGAACAAAGUGGAUUUUAUUCUACUGGGGGGUGAUCUUUUCCAUGACAACAAGCCCUCCCGUGGAGCAAUGCACUACUGUAUGGAACUGUUGAGGAAGUACUGCAUGGGAGAUCGGCCCAUCAUGUUUGAGAUCUUGAGUGACCAGGCUGUUAAUUUCGGCAACAGCAAGUUCCCGUGGGUGAACUACCAAGACGAGAACUUGAACAUCUCUAUCCCUGUGUUUAGCGUACAUGGGAACCAUGAUGACCCCACUGGGGCGGAUGGUCUUUGUGCCCUGGACCUCCUGAGCUGUGCAGGACUUGUCAAUCACUUUGGUCGCAGUAGGUCUGUGGAGAAGAUAGAGAUUAGCCCCCUUCUGCUGCAGAAAGGGAGCUCCAAGAUUGCUAUGUAUGGAAUUGGGUCCAUACCUGAUGAGAGACUGUACAGAAUGUUUGUCAACAACCAGGUGACCAUGCUACGGCCACGUGAGGAUGAAAGCAGCUGGUUCAAUCUGUUCGUCAUCCAUCAGAAUAGGAGCAAACAUGGAGCCACCAACUACAUCCCAGAGCAGUUCCUGGAUGACUUCCUGGACCUGGUGGUGUGGGGGCAUGAGCAUGAAUGCAAGAUUACCCCUGUGAGGAAUGAACAGCAGCUCUUCUAUGUGACACAGCCUGGCAGCUCUGUGGUGACGUCACUAUCACCUGGGGAGGCUGUCAAAAAGCACAUUGGCCUCCUGCGAGUGAAAGGCAGGAAGAUGAACUUGCAGAAGAUUGCCUUGCAGACUGUCCGGCAGUUCUUCAUCCAGGACGUGGUGCUGGGGGACCAUCCUGACCUUUUCAACCCUGACCACCCCAAGGUCAUGCAGAAGGUGGAGGGCUUCUGCCAGGCAAAGGUUGAAGAGAUGCUGGAGGAGGCUGAGAGGGAGCGUUUGGGGAAUCCACUGGUGCCUGAGAAACCACUUAUCCGCUUGAGAGUGGACUACAGUGGAGGAUUUGAGGCCUUCAAUACAAUGCGGUUCAACCAGAAGUUUGUGGACCGCCUAGCCAACCCAAAAGAUGUCAUCCACUUCUUCAGGCACAGAGAAACCAAGAGCACAAAAGGUGAGGACAUUGACUUUGAUCAGAUCCUGAGCCGAACCUCCUCUGACGUGAUGCAGCUGAGAGUGGAGGACCUGGUGAAGCAGUACUUUGAGACGGCUGAGAAAAAUGUGCAGCUGUCUCUGCUGACGGAGCAGGGCAUGGGUAAGGCCGUGCAGGAGUUUGUGGAUAAGGAGGAGAGGGAUGCCAUUGAGGAACUCAUUAACUACCAGCUGGAAAAGACCCAGCGUUACCUGAUGGAAAGGAGUGUGGAAGCAGUGGAAGAGAAGAUCGACGAAGAGAUCCGUCGUUUUCGAGACUCAAAGAAGAACACAGCAGAAGAGGAUGAGGAAGUUCGUGAGGCCAUUAAUCGUGCAAAAGCCCACCGAGCACAAAACCCCGGAGACCCCUUCCUGGACGAUGACAUCAGUCCCUCUGAGGAAGCCGAUGUUGCCAUGGAUUCUGAUGAUGCCUCUGCCCCACCUUUACCCACCCGUGGCAGAGGAAGGGGCCGGGCACGAGGUCAGAGUUCAUCAACCAGAGGAACUUCCAGAAGGGGCAAGGGUGCUGCAGUGCCAUCUGAGUCCAAGCCAUCUGGGAGAGGACGUGCCCAGAAGAUAGUCAGCCCUGUGAAGAGCAAGUCCAUCAUGGAGGCCUUUCAUGGAACUUCGCAAAGGCCUUCCAGAAGUGCAGCUCCUAAGAAUUACACAGAUGAGGUCACCAUUGUUGAUGACUCAGAUGAAGAUGUGUCCAUCACACGACCAUCCAAGCCAGCACAGAGGAUCUCCUCUCUUUCCUCAAGUAGGCAGGGUUCUCAGAGCCAAAGCCAGUCAUAUAAAGGUGUCUGUUAUGAUGAUGACGAUGACGAUGACGAGUUUGAUCCAUUUAAAAACUCCAGUAGCUCUCAUGGAAGACGUGGAAGAAAACAGUGAGAAAAAGAUAUCUACCAACCACUACUGCUCACACUACUCUCUCAGUUCCAUUUGUUUUUGCUUUGAAUGGACUGAUACUCCUCCCAGCAUCCUUCAGUUUAAAAGCAUAUUCUUGAAUGAUGUGCUCUGGCUUCCAGUAACACUUUGUCUAUUUGUUGUAAUCAGACCAAUUAAAAACUGUGUCUAGAGGUACGGUAAAAGUUAUCCAAGGUUCAAGACGUUAUUAUUGGACUUGUGGUGUGUUAUUGUUCUUUUUUUAAAAUAAAUUUUUACUCCCA